AUGAACUCACUUUCCACCGCGCCCUUCCGGGCUGCAGCUCGUCCGCAAUACCUUCAGUUGGCAGUCCGCACAUACUCUGGGGUUGCCGUCAUGAGUUUCAACAGCUCGUGUCAAGCCUACAGCGCACUCUUCCCCCACACGCCCAAACGCCUCAUCUCCUCCACACCUCAGAAACAGAUCAAGGAAUUCUUCCCGCCUCCCAAAGACCCAAACAUCAAGGAGGUGGCAUCGGCAUGGAAACACCCAGUGUACACCGAAGAUCAGAUGCGCCAUGUUAAAAUUGCUCACCGGGAGGCAACAAACUGGUCGGACUGGGUCGCCCUGGGAACGGUGCGCGUCUUUCGAUGGGGCAUGGACUUUGUGACUGGAUACCGACACCCGGAGCCGGGCCAGGAACCGCCCGCCAAGUUCAAGAUGACUGAGAAGAAAUGGAUGGCCCGGUUUAUUUUCCUGGAAAGUGUGGCCGGUGUUCCAGGAAUGGUCGGCGGCAUGCUGCGACACCUGCGGAGUCUGCGACGCAUGAAGAGGGACAAUGGAUGGAUCGAAACCUUGCUCGAAGAAGCGUUCAACGAGCGCAUGCACCUACUCACAUUUCUCAAGCUCGCAGAGCCAGGGUGGUUCAUGCGGAUGAUGGUUCUCGGUGCCCAAGGAGUCUUCUUCAACGGCUUCUUCCUAUCCUACCUGAUCUCCCCGCGGAUCUGCCACCGAUUCGUCGGCUACCUCGAAGAGGAAGCGGUCAUCACCUACACGCGGGCCAUCAAGGAGAUCGAGGAGGGCAAACUGCCCGAAUGGAGUCAUCUGAAAGCACCCGCGAUUGCGGUGCAGUACUGGCAAAUGCCCGAGGGCCAACGCGAGAUGCGCGAUCUGUUGAUGUACAUCCGUGCCGACGAAGCCAAGCACCGCGAGGUAAACCACACCCUCAGCAACCUGAAUCAGGCUGCGGAUCCCAACCCCUAUCAGACUCAGUAUUCCGACCCGACCAAGGCGCAUCCGACCAAGGGCAUUGAGAACCUGCGGUCGACGGGAUGGGAACGAAAGGAGGUGUUCUAA